GGCUUUCCAACUCAGGUCCUCGUCCGAAUUAUCUGGCUGGUAGGUCACUCGUCGUCGCAUGUGAAACGAGCGAUGAGCCUUCCAGAUAUCAUGUCAUGGGUCUGACACAUGAUCUCUCUUGUAGAAGCCACGAAAGCAUACUACACUGCCGCCGCCGAAUCCUCCGAACUGCACCUCAAACCCGUCCUCGACAGCCUCCUUGCGCGCGUGAACGGUCUCGACGCCCAAGGAAAGCCUCUUCCAAACUCCAACGUGCACACGCAAGACUCCUUCAACGCGCUCUUCGCCGCCGAUGAGAACCUCUCCCGGCCCCUCGAAGACGAGAUGCUACGCGUGCAGUUUCCGCAAAAGGACGGGUCCACGCUCGUGAAAGAGUUGCGAUUCGGCGAUACGUGGAAGAAAUUCCAGCGCCACUACGAGCAGAAGCGUGCGGAGAUGGCGAAGAUGAAGGAGGCUAUGCAGAACCUUGAGCUGGAGAUGCGGGCGCUGAAGGAGGAGGUUGUGGAUGGAGAUGAGGAGAUGCGGGAUCUGGUCAGGACCCAUGAGAGGGAGAUGCUGGGCUUUCAGGGACAGAUGAAUGAGGCAGAAAAGGAGUAUGA